AUGAACCGACAGCAAGCUGCCGAGAAGGCAUUGCAUGACCAGACAAACAUCCUCCCCAAGGGUCAGCUGCUGGUUGUCUUCGGGGGUCUAGCCUGCUCCCUACUCAUCACUUUCGUGGAUCAAAAUGGCAUCAGCGUCACACUCCCCACGAUCGCCAAGGAUCUCAAUGCCCAGAACACGAUCUCCUGGGCGGGCACUUCCUCGCUCAUCGCCAACACCAUGUUCACGGUACUGUACGGCCGCCUGUCGGACAUCUUCGGCCGCAAGAUUGUGUACCUGUUCGCGUUGGCGCUGCUCUGCAUCGCCGACCUGCUGUGCGGACUGUCUCAGAACGCGGCCAUGUUUUACGUCUUUCGAGGCCUGGCCGGUGUGGCAGGCGGCGGCGUGACGUCGCUCACCAUGAUCAUUGUGUCGGACGUGGUGUCGCUGCAAGAACGAGGCAAGUACCAAGGCAUUCUGGGUGCAUCGCUUGGACUCGGGAACGUCAUCGGCCCGUUCAUCGCGGCCGCGUUCAUCAUGAAGUCGACGUGGCGAGGGUUCUUCUGGCUGAUCUCGCCGCUGUCGGCCUGCUCGAUCGUCGUGGGCUACUUCCUUAUCCCGAAUAAUACGCGCAAAGACGGCUUCCGGGAGAAUCUUCGGCGGAUUGACUUCUUCGGCAUCAUCGCAUCAUCGAUCGGUAUCAUUUUCCUGCUGAUUCCCAUCUCCGGUGGCGGAUCCUACUUUGAAUGGAACUCGCCCUUGGUGAUUAGCAUGCUGGCGAUUGGCGGCUGUUCUUUGAUCGCGUUUAUAUUCAUCGAAUGGAAACUGGCGAUACUGCCUAUGCUUCCUGUGAUGCUUUUCAAGAAUAAAGUCAUCUGUGCUCUCUUCCUGCAAAGUUUCCUGCUUGGCGCAGCGUAUCAAUCCUACCUCUACUAUUUGCCGCUUUAUUACCAGAACGCCCGCGAAUGGUCGCCUGUCAUAUCUGCCGCAUUGACAUGCCCUCUGGUCGUCUGCCAGUCCCUCGUAUCUGUCCUGUCCGGUCAGUAUAUCUCCCGACGCAAGCGCUACGGCGAGGUCAUCUGGUGUGGAUUCGGAUUCUGGACCCUCGGCGCUGGCCUCAUUCUCAUCUUUGAUCGCACCACCAACCCAGGCGUCAUUGCCGUCAUCGUCGCCAUUGUCGGCAUUGGGGUCGGCAACGUCUUCCAACCAACCCUCGUGGCGUUCCAAGCGCACUGCACUAAAUCGCAGCGCGCCGUCGUCAUCUCCGACCGCAACUUUUUCCGCUGCCUCGGCGGCGCAUGCGGACUUGCCGUCUCCGCGGCUCUGUUGCAGGCGACGCUCAAGUCGAACCUGCCGAGUGGGUUCGAGCAUCUGGCUCAUUCGACGUACUCGUUGCCGGCGCGCCCAGGCAUCUCGGAUGCCGACUGGUCGCAGAUCUUGAAUGCUUAUGCGAAAGCGUCGCGGAGCGUGUUUAUUCUGCAGGUGCCGCUUAUCGGGGUGUGUUUUAUCGCUUGUCUACUGAUUCGGGAUCGGGGGUUGGAGAGGCCGAAAGAGCCCGGGGAAGAAGAGGAGGAGAUGAAGAAGGGCCAAGAGAGGAAUGCGCAGGUGGCUGAGAACCAUGUCGAGGGACAGGAACUGCGGCCGUCUGAUCCGGAAACAGGUGUUGAUUCAGGGUCUGUGCGUCCUGAGAUGUCAGGGAGGUUGGAUCCGAUCUCUCUCAUUCCAUCAAUCCAUCGAAAUGAUGGACCCCAGCAACCUUUCAUGCAAUGGAAAUCCCUGAAUCAACGCCCCGAACAAGCGCUUCGCCCUCCCGAGACCAUAAUCCCCGGAAGCGCGGCCGAACCGCCUGCACGCGCUGCAAAACGAGAAAGCAGAAAGUACACGCAUGCCCUGGAACAGCGGAUCAAGGACCUCGAAUCCCAGUUGAGUUCCAAGCCACUGGGUGCGAAUGGCAAUGCGCCCAAUGUAGCGCCCGCGGAGACGCCACCGCUUUUCCCGGCCCGGAAUCCAGAGAGCGCGCAGCCGGGCCUCAGUCCCGCCACGGGCAUCGACCACAAUGCCGUCGGCGAGCUGGUCGGGUUUCUGGCGCUGAACUCCUACGAGGCCCCAGCGUAUGUGGGCUCGAGCUCGGGGCUGUCGCUGGCGGCUAAUCUUGGCGAGAUGGUGCAGGCGACGGUGUGGAAUCAGGUCCUGACGCCGUCGCGGGGACAGCAGAACCCGUUAAAUCUUUCAGGGGGCGUAUCAGGAGGAGGAGGAGGAGGAGGAGGAGGAGGAGGAGGAGGAGGAGGAGGAGGAGGAGGAGGAGGCGCCUCGACAAACGGACCACGGGGCGUUGGGGGCCAGCCGCGGUCGCUGAGGAUGGAAGAUUUGAUUGCGAAGAGCACGGAGCCGCCGAAUGAUGAGAUGGGAGCUCGUAUCCUGCAGGCCUAUCUGACGCGAUUGCAUGUGCGAUACACGUUUCUGGAUCGGCGCGAGCUGUGGAGGCUGCACGAGGACCGGUUUCGGCUGGCCAAGACGAAACGCGAGGAGCUGUCGCAGGCGGAGAGGUUUGGGCUUUUCAAACUGUAUCUGGUAUAUGCGAUCGGGGCGACGACUUUGGAUCUGAGCGAGAAGUACACUUAUGUUCCACCGGAGCGAUUUUACAUGACUGCCCUGCAGCAAGUCCCCACGAUGUGCGAAGCGCGAUCCAUCGAAAACAUUGAAGCCAUGACGCUUCUGGUGGUAUAUCAUUUGCGAUCCGCCUCCAGCCAGGGGGUCUGGUACAUGGUUGGACUGGCGAUGCGCACGGCAAUCGAUCUCGGACUGCACCGAAAAGCCAACGAGAGCAACCUCGACCCGAUCACCGCGCAAAUGAGACGUCGGCUUUUUUGGACAGUCUACUACCUCGAGCGAGUGGUGUCCAUGUCCCUCGGUCGUCCGUUCAGCAUCGCAGACCGACACAUUGACCUGCCCCUGCCUCUAGACGCUGACGACGACGUGCGCGACCCAGCCCUUUUGUCUACCAGCAGCAGCAACACUUCGCCUGCACCACCCAAUCGUAACACCACCCUCACCUUCUCCAUCUACCUCAUCCAACUGCGCCGUAUCGACUCCAAAAUUCAGCAAAAAAUCUACCGCGCCGACCGGCCGCUCCACUCCCUCCGCUCCAAGAUGAACUCCCUCUUCCUGGAGCUCGAGCAGUGGAAAGAAUCCGCCCUCCUGCGAUUCCACGGGCCCGACCUCGACUAUCCCAUGCUGCACUACAACCGCGCGCUCCGCCUCCUCAUCCAGCCCUUCCUCCCUUCCCUCCCCCUCACGGACCCAUACUACCAUGUCUGCCUGCGCGCCGCCGGCAACAUCUGCCAGACGCACAAGCGACUCCACCAGACGCUCGAAUACGGACAUUCCUUCCUCGCGGUGCAGACGGUCUUCAUGGCCGGCAUCACACUGCUGUACGCGCUGUGGACGCACGCCCACGACGUCUGGUCCGUACAAAUGAGCAACGACAUCCGCGCUUGCUCGACGGUACUUUUCGUAAUGGGUGAGCGCGCCGUUUGGGUGAAGAAAUACCGCGACGCGUUCGAGCUGCUGGUCAACGCCGCAAUGGAGAAGUUGGAAGUCAACGAUCCGAGCCGGAAGAUCGGGAUGGCGGAACUCAUGACCGCCCAGCACUCGGGGGUCCUUUCCAAUGCGAAUCCAUAUCUCUCUUCAUCCCCUACACCGGGACUAUUCAAACACCCCUAUCCGAACUUGAACUCAGCCUCGGCAUCCUCUUCGGCUCCUAAUCCUACAACCCUAGUCCCGCCCCCAUCUUCUUCCAACAUCAAUCUCAACCCGAACUCCGGAAUUGCCGCAGACAUAAACCAUCAUCAACAACAUAACUCUAACCCGAACUUCAACUCCACCAACCCCAACCCAAGCAAUACAGCAAACCCCACAGACACGCAAAACCACGGCAUGCGCAUGGCCUUCCAGCUCGCUCCAUGGAUCGAUCUCGAAGAGGACAGUCCCUUCUGGAUGCCGGACUUUGAGACGCUGGAGAAUUUAUCCGGGAAUUUGGAUUUCUGGAGUGCGGGAGCCCCGGGACCUUUUGAGCCGUAG